CUCCAACUCUUCCAACGACCGACGCUCCAGUGUGUCAACAUUGUUCCCAACAUCUCUCACGAGCAUGAGGUGACCGGAAUGAGGAAUCUUCGUCUGUUAUAUGUUGGGGCCCUCAUCACGCGGUGUAUUGCCAGCGAGAGCGCCUUCAGCGUAAAUGAUGACCUCUUCGCCUUUCCCCAGUAUACCGUCGAAUUCUCAGAUUCGUACGUCCUAGAAGCCGAUGCGUUGGCUUAUCUGAAUGAUCAAUCACACACGCCUCUCGGUCAUGGCGACCUAUCCCCCAAGCUCAAUCACAGAAGCUAUGAUCCGGCGAUAGAAGGAGACUCCGAUCUGCCUGGUUCUUACGAGCGAAUCCUCCUCGAAGGCUAUCCUCACCUCUGUUUCAUACCCGAAGCCAAACCGGGUGUCGAGAAUGCCACGAAAGAAGAGCCGUCUGCGACAGACCGCGAGAAAGAGCUGGAUCGCGCAGUCAGCAGAGGUUCGGAGCUACUACAGGGCAUGGCGUCAAAUCAAUGCCUCUACUAUUCUACUGGCUGGUGGACAUAUGCCUUCUGCUACAAUGCGCAAGUGACCCAGUUCCAUGCUCUGCCACCAGGCACAAAUGGUAGGGUCUGGCCACCACAGGAGGAUCCUACCACGCCAAGCUACAUCCUGGGAAAAUUCGCAGACCAGAAAGACAAGAAGUCUUCUGAGCAGUCGCCCUCGGACGGGACGUUGUCUACCGAAGUCAGAUCACAAGCAGAGACAAACUACCUCGUUCAGCGUCUCGAAGGAGGAACACCGUGUGAUCUGACAGGGAACAAUCGGAAGGUUGAGGUGCAAUUCCAUUGCAAUCCUCAAUUGACAGAUCGGAUUGGCUGGAUCAAAGAGACAGCCACUUGUGCCUAUUUGAUGAUCAUCUAUACACCACGGUUGUGUAACGACGUUGCGUUCCAGCCUCCAAAAGAAAGUCGAGCGCAUCCGAUUACAUGCAAAGAGAUCAUCCAGGGAGACGACGUCUCGGCUUGGGAGCCUCGGAGUGAUGAACAAAGCUCGGCUCAGACACUCGACCAAGCCAAAUCUCAGCAGAUCACAUUGGGAAACAUCGAGGUCGGCGCUAUGAAGCAUGUCGGUCGUGACGGCAAGAGGCUCGAGAGAGGACGGAUCGUACUGACUCAAGAUGAGAAGGCCGAGACGGUCAUCAUGCAGAAGAACGGCCAGAUAUCAAGUCUUUCCGCGGCGGAGCUCAAGAAGCUUGAUCUGAGUCCAGAGGACGUGGAAUCGUUCCGGAAAGAGUUGCAGAAGCUGGCAGGCACAAAGGACUGGAAGAUCGAACGGCUCGACGAUGUGAAUGGCCAUAUCCAGCUAAGAGGCGUGGUCGCAUCAGAAGACGAUGAUGAUGAUGAUGAUGACGGUGAAACCACCAAGACAGCCAAACCGGCUGGCAAGAAGGACGAAGAUGCCGGCAGCCAGGAAGAAUACAAAGAGGAAUUAUGAAUCAACAUUCUAUACCCUCACACAUCAUACCUCGUGCGACGCCGCUCACUGUUGAAAAUCGACUAAUCUUGCCUCGACAACUUGGUAACCCUUCCAGUAGAACGUG